AUGGUUGAGCUGUUACAGCAAAAGCCUAAAAUGGCGCAGGGUUUUACAAAGUGCCCUAAAGAGGAAGUGGCAGCUUUUUGGAACAACAUGGCCCAAGAACUAAAUAGUGUUGGUCCGCCUAUCAAGGAUAUUUCCAGCUCGAAGAAGGUAUGGCUUGACUGGAAGGCGUAUAUAAAAAGGAAACUUGUUGAAAAUAAAAAGGAGCAGUCAGCUACUGGUGGCGGCAGAUAUAGGCAGCACCAUUUCAACGAAUUGGAGGAAGCGGUGAUAGCACUAACGGCAUUGCAAACAAGUGCAAGUGGCAUUGACAAUACAGUUAGCAUCGGCUUACCAAUUGUAGCCGACGUGGGCAACGAGACGUUAGCUGACGUAUCAAUGCCAUCAGUGACCUGCAGUCCAGCACUGCCUAAACGUACUACUAGGCCACCGGAAACCUGUACAGCCGAUGUAAUUAAAGAACAAUUUCAAAUUCAAAAAGAUUUUCAGGAAAAGGUCAUCGAAAAGUUGGAUGAUCUUUCAGUACGUAUGCGACGAGUGGGCAGAGCAUUGGAAGUGCAAAAUGAUUUAAAAAAUGCGGAAGUGGAAGAGAUUAGAAGGCACAACAUAGCUAUGGAGAAUUUGAUAGCUGCUAAGAAUUCGAUUAAGCAGCGAAUGUUAGAAAUAGAAGAAAAAAAAUUGCAAGCAAUGACAAAAAAUAAUUAAAUUAAUUAAAUAAAUACUUAUUUAAAACUAUAACCAUUUUGUGUUAAUAUUUAUUUAGGAUAUUAUACUCUGGUAAGUGUUGCACAUAUAGCUUCUCUGAUUUGUGAAGCUGCUUCACUAUA